AAGCGCGUCGUUCCAUCCAAGGGUCCUAAUAAGGGAACAUGAUCUCAUCUCUACCUAAUUUCUUUCAACUCGGGACUUUUGUGUUUCAAUUCCAUUUUCUACAACAUUGAACACCAGUGACAUACAGCACUGAGUAACACAUACAACACUGGGCAGACAGUACCUACCUAGUAAUUGCUAGCGUACUUGAUACAUACCAGAACUUCAACUUGUUCUUUAUUUGUUUGUAGUCGACAGUGUUUAAGAAUCGUACUCAACCGACUACCCAAUGCUUCAGAGAUUUAAUACCUAAUAACCAGCGGCAUCUUUAAACUACCCGACUUUUUCGAAUUGCUUUCCUGCCCCAAUGGACCAAACACCUACCCUUGAACCUUUUGAGGAUGUCGCCGACUCGACAGAUUGGCUACCUACAUCAAUACCCAGUCUCGCCAAUGUAGAGGCUGCACUUCGGUGUCAGGUCUGCAAAGACUUCUACAAGACGCCUAUGUUAACCUCCUGUAGCCACACAUUCUGCUCACUUUGUAUUCGACGCGCUCUGUCGAAUGACGGGAAAUGCCCAUUAUGUCGAACACCCGAGCAAGAAAUGAAGCUGCGUAGUAAUUGGUCCAUGGAGGAGGUUGUUACCACAUUUACAAGGUCCCGUCCAGACAUCCUGCUUGUCGCCAAGAGAUCACAAGACACAGCACCCGACACUACAAAAAGGAAACUGGUAGAGACAGAAGAUGAGGAGCCAGCAAGCCAAUCGCUAGGUAAGCGAUUGCGGUCUUCUACUAGGAUAAGUAAGUCGAGAGGCAUGGAGAUGACCACCGAAAUGGCAAGGCUGGAAGCCGACAUACCCUACCAAGGCCAAGCAGAUUGCGAGUUUGACGAUGGACUUGUUGAGUGCCCUAUUUGUUGGAAGCGCAUACCACCACUACAAAUCAACAAGCACAUCGACUCAUCGUGCUUAGACGGUCUCCCGCCACAAUCACCCAAACGAGACUCGGGGUCUACAAACACCAUUCUAAUAUCCUCACCUACCAAAGCGUCCACCAAGACCCUCGAGCGCCUACCAGCCAUAAACUACUCGAUGCUCAGGGAGCAGCUGCUGCGAAAGAAACUGGUGGAGCUAGGCAUCCCGACAGGAGGUAGCCGGCAAAUGCUCGAGAAGCGACACAAGGAAUGGACCACGAUCUGGAACGCGAACUGCGACUCGCUCCAACCGCGGCGUAAAGCCGAGCUCCUCCAAGACCUAGACAUAUGGGAACGCACGGUGGGGACUCGCGCGCCAACAUCCUCGAGGGCCCUCAGCGCCGGCGCGCUGAUCAAGGACAAAGACUUCGACGGCAAGGCGUGGGCCGCCAAGCACACCCUCUCGUUCAAGGACCUCAUAAACAGCGCGCAGCAAGGCAGGGCCCUGGCGCAGCGGAGCACCAGCACCAACACCAGUAACAGCGAUAGCGACAGCAGAAACGAAAACACGGGCCAACCACAACAACAACAACAACAGCUUCGAGACGCCGACCCCGUCCCCCAAGCAGAUACCCAAAUGCUAGCUUCGCUAGAAGCCCCAGAGGAGGAGUUGGAGCCGGAGCCGGAGCCGGAGCCGCAGGAGUCAACAAUAAUAAACAACACCCCAGUAAUGCAGGCUACCACUGAGGUGGUGGAUCUGACGGAUGAUGCCGAGGACGAAAGAAGGAAAGAACAUAAUAAUAUAGAGGUACCAUCACCAGGGAAAGCGGUGAUGUUAUAGCAAGAUGAAGAGAAAAAAGGGUGGGUGGAUGGGCUGGCUUUGCUCUACGACGUAAGGUUGCUUGCGGCUUACAUACCUACCUAAUGUAUGUAUGUAUGUAGUUGCUCCAUGAUCCAAGAUCCAAGAACCAAGAACAAGAACAAGAAAAAAAAAGGAAAAAAGGAAAAAGGAAAAAGGAAAAAGGAAAAAAGGAAAAAUAAGAACGAUCUAUUAUAUUGCCGCCAAUAUAUAUUUACUCAGCUAUUUGCUCU